UAUUGUAUCGUUGCCGCGUUAAAUGUCAUCUAUCGCUAACUGGUGGUCACGGUACUAACUACAAUGAUUUUGGUUACACGACAAGUGGAUUUGUGAGCUUCUAUGAUACUUUUGUAUUCUUUGGCAAAACAACGUUACAUUCUUAAAAAAAAAAAAUGAAGUGAUUCCUAUUUAAAGAUUUAUUUUCAAAUAAUUGUUCUUAUUGUGAUUACAAAUUUGCUAUACAUCAUGUCUGUUGUAAUUGAAACAACAAUAGGUGACAUUACAGUUGAUUUAUUCACCGAUGAACGUCCACAAACGUGUAGAAAUUUUUUAAAAUUAUGCAAAAUCAAAUAUUACAAUUGGAAUUUGUUUCAUUCGGUGCAAAACAAUUUCAUAGCACAAACUGGAGAUCCAACUGGUACAGGAAAAGGUGGAGAGAGCAUUUAUGGAAUAGUAUUGGGUGAAAAAGCGCGAUAUUAUGAGGCUGAACAAAUGCCAAAAAUAAAACAUACCAGAAGUGGUUUAUUAUCAAUGGUUAAUUGCGGAGACAAUAUGUUAGGAUCACAGUUUUUUAUCACUCUAGCUCCAGAUCUCUAUUCUCUAGAUGGAGAACACUGUGUCUUUGGUGAAAUAGUUGAAGGACUUGAAAUCAUUUUGAAAUUCAAUGAAACCAUUUGUGAUGGAGAUUACAGACCUUAUCAAGACAUACGUAUAUCACACACUGUCAUUUUGGAGGAUCCAUUUGAAGAUCCUAAAGGUUUAAUAAUACCAGAUAUGAGUCCAGAACCAACUAAAGAAGCAUUGAUGAGUGAUAGAAUUGGUGCAGAUGAACUCAUAGAUGACACAGCUGGAAUGUCAGUGGAAGAAGUUAUGGAAAUGCAAAAGGACAAAGAAGCUAAAGCACGUGCAACAAUACUAGAAAUAGUUGGUGAUAUACCAGAUGCUGAUAUAGCACCACCAGAAAAUGUUUUAUUCGUUUGUAAAUUAAAUCCUGUCACUAACGAUGACGAUCUUGAAAUUAUUUUCAGUCGUUUUGGUAAAAUUGUUGGAUGUGAAGUAAUAAGAGAUCGUCAAACAGGUGAUUCAUUGCAAUAUGCAUUUAUCGAAUUUGCUGAACGUAAGAGUUGUGAAGAAGCAUAUUUCAAGAUGGACAAUGUUUUAAUCGAUGAUAGAAGAAUACAUGUUGAUUUCUCACAAUCCGUAGCCAAAAUGAGAUGGAGAGGUAAAGGAAAAGGUAUUAAAUAUUACGAUAAAGAAGAUGAAGAUGAAGGAAAUGAGAAUAGAAAAGGAAAGGAUCGUAAAGAUUUUCUAAAUAAGAAGUACAAUCGUCAAAAUAAACAUUAUCAACAAAAACAGGAUAAAUCUUUUAAGAGAAACAUGAAUAAUGAAAGAAGACGACCACCUGACGACAACAACGACAAUAAUGAUGAUGAUGAUGAUGAUGAUGAUUUAUUCGAACAUAGAAAACGUCAAUAUAGAGAAAAUGAUGACAGAAAUGAUCAAAAACGUUCUCGCAAUAAUAAAAAUUAUGUUUCAGAAAAAGAUAAUAGAAAAAGAAGAGAGUACGAUUCGAAUGAUCAUAGAAGAUACAAGGAUAAGGAUAAGAACAAGAAAAAGGAUAAAAUUGAUAGGAGUAAUAGGAGUAGAGAUAAAAGUAGAGAAAGAAAUAGGGAUAGGAGUAGAGAGGGAAGAAACAGAGAUAGAAGUAGAGAGAGAAAGAGAGAAAGAAGUAAAGACAGAAGUAGUAAUAGAUAUGGUGAAAGAAGCAGAGAUAAAAAACGUUAGUUCAAAUUUUUCAUAUAUGUUUAAGAAAUAAUUUCAAUAUUAAGUAUAUAAUAAGUACAAUUUCAUGAAUAAAAAG